GAUCAAAUAUCAUUCACACCAUUGAUUCCAUUUCAGUCAAAAGCCAUAACAUUAAUUCAAUGAAUAGAAAAACUAUAUUUUAAACAUGCCACUAGGUGGUGGUGUUGGUAGUGUCCAACAACAAUAAUAUAACAUAAUGUAAGGAAACACCUCUAUCAUUGUGUAAAUAUAAGUAGUAUACUAUAUUGUGAUCAUCAUAUCAAGAACUAAACAGAAAUGGAGACUCAAGAUCAAAAGCUUUUGAGUGUAAAUUAUGGCGGUUCUCUCCCAAUCAAGUGUGUUCAAGAUCUCGCUUCAAAGAAUCAGACCGAAAUUCCACCUCGCUAUCUUCGGCCUGAAACUGAGCUCGAUCCUGUUUUAGUCAUAGAAUCAUUGGAGCUUCCAAUAAUUGAUAUGACCAAACUAAUUGGUGACAAUCAACAUCAGUGGCACCAUGAUGAAUUGGCAAAACUUCAUUUAGCUUGUAAAGAAUGGGGAUUCUUUCAGUUAAUCAAUCAUGAGGUUCAUGAGGAAAUCAUUGAAAAAGUGAAGAUUGACAUAGAAGAAUUCUCUAAACUGUCAUUAGUGACUAAAAAAGAUUAUGCACAGCAGCCAAAUGAUAUUGAAGGCUAUGGCCAAGCCUAUAUUCAGUUUGAAGAGCAAAAAAAGCUUGAUUGGGGUGAUGCAUUAUUCCUUAGAGCUCUUCCUGUAUCUCUUAGAAAUAUGAGAUAUUGGCCUACUCAACCUAUUUCUUUCAGAGAAAAUCUGGACAAAUACUCUAGGGAAGUGCAGAAAGUUGCAUUAUGUGUUUUGAAAUUCAUGUCUAGAAACUUGGGGCUAGAAUUAGACACACUUAGUAGCAAGUUUGAGGAUGGAAGACAAGCAAUUAGGAUAAAUUUCUACCCACCUUGUGUUGAAGCUAACAAAGUAAUGGGGCUCACUCCACAUUCUGAUGCCACUGGAUUGACUCUAUUACUCCAAGUGAAUGAUGUACAAGGUUUACAGAUCAACAAAAAUGGUAAAUGGAUACUUGUGAAACCUGUCCCAGGUGCAUUCAUAGUCAACAUUGGUGACAUCAUUGAGAUAAUGAGCAAUGGAGAAUACAAGAGCAUGGAGCACAGAGUUGUGGUGAACCCAAUGAAGCAACGUCUUUCUAUUGCUGCAUUUCAUGGUCCACAUGCUAAAGACAUUAUUGGGCCUUUACAAGAUUUAGUGACAAAGAGUAAGGCUAAGUAUAAAACUAUUAUUACAGAAGAUUAUCUUAAACUUGUGUUUAGGAAAAAGCUUGAUGGUAAGAGCCAACUAGAUUUUCUCAAGGAGUGAGUAGUAGUGGCUCAAAAAUACCAUGGCCUCUUCUUACUUUUUGUACUAUAAACACCACAAGUUGUUUAUCAAAUUUGUUUCAUGGUUUGA